AUGCUGAGCAAGAGAAGUCUCGCGUUGACGUCGAUCUGCUACAAUCUCUGUGCGAUUCUAGCCACUCUUCUCGUGGAUAUUAUUGCGCCAGGGCCCUUUGCUUCGUGUCUUCCUGUUCGACCUGUGGCGGACAACGGCUAUGUUGGGUUUAUUCUGACACGUGCUGUUCUGUCUUCGGCAAAACACAGACCUUCUUACCUCAUUAACUCUGCUACAAGAGAGGGACAACAAUUUGUCCUCCAGAGCGUUUACGGCAGCAGAAACAUAGCCUGGCCCUGGUUUAUUCGGUACGCGACGGAUUACAGCUACAACUGGCCGAUUUGGCAUGUCCUUCACUUGUACGAUUACGGACAGCGCAUCGUAUUUAUGUCGUUUCUCCUCAAUCUACUUCUUACAGCUGGAGCUGUUGCUGCCUUCGCCGGUGUGAGUAGACGGGCACUUCAUUCCGUCGUCGUGGCAGACUUAUCGACUGUCCUGUUUUUUCUCGCGACUCCAUUAUGGACCAUUGAUCCACUGAGUCCUUUUCCGCUGGCCUCGUUUCUCGCCAUUUUUGGCUUUUAUUUGUAUGAAGGCGGAAGUGCACAGUUUGCUGGUGCCUUUUUAAUAUCUAUCUCGGCGAUCUGUCCCGGUGCGUUUAUGCACGGAACGUGUGCGAUUCUCUCCUUCGCGAAAAAUGUGCUCAAUUUCAUCACAAGCACUUGGAGUGAUUUUUGGAAACGGAGUUGGUCUUCGCGCGUGUUCGUCGCGCUGCCGAAGGCAACAAUCUACGUUUACUGGAUUCUUUUCCAGUCAGGAAUGGCGCUGAUAGGAUAUGGCACCUUUUCCGUCAUAUUUUUCUUCCUCAACAGAGUUGGAAGAACUGAUAAUAUGGUUGGCGAUUCAACCUACAACUUUAAAAGUCUCAACGGGCGAGCGGCGAAGCUGACUGAGUAUGCCAAGCUGCCCAUUCAGUACCUUACCGUCUCGCAAUUUGGCAAAGCGGAGACAAUAACUGACCAUCAUUCACUGUGGUCCAAAGUGUACAGAAACUUAUUAUUUCUCGUCCUUUGUCCACUUAUCGUCUCUGUUGGGAAGAUAUUUCUGGGCAGCUUCCGGGCAACUAUUAAACGAAAAAGCAAACUCGUCUAUGCCUUCAGAAGACCAGAGAAGCGAUUUUGGCGAUUUAUUCCUCAUGCGCUUAUAUUUUUCGGCACAGUUCUUCACACUUUAUCUCAUCGGCACUGUUACGGCUUGAAAUAUCUAGGUUAUUCUUGUGCUUUAUGA